UCCGCGUCUUGCUAUCUCUCUCUCUCCUCUUUCUCUCUCUUCUGCGUCUCUCAAUUUUUUCAUUUUUUUUCCAACAAGACCGCCAUUUUACGAGAGUCUUUCUCUCUCUAUGUUUGUUCCCAAGGGUUAGGGUUUCCUUAGGCGCGUUAACUUUGACCUCAAAAUGUCUCAUAAAAACCCCAAUCCUCUCCACGCCUUAUCCAAUUUGGUCCUCCAACAACUUUCUAGGUCAAGCAUGGCUUGAAUUACAUCUUUCUUGUGGUGGCAGUCCUGGGAUGGAAAUGUAUAACGUUUCUGAACAUGGAAACACAGAUGUUUAUCUGAUUCAAGGUACCGAGUCAAACCCACAUUUAGCAAGUCCACCUAUUGAACAGUUUGAAGCUAUGUAUAACAAAGGAGCCCAAGAGUUUGUUUUUGAACAGGGCUUUUACCCUACUGCCACCAACUAUGGCUACAUAUGUACAGGAUUUGAAUCACCCGGCAAUUGGGAUGACCACCACAGAAUUUUUGGUCUGGAAGGUCAAGAGAUUCAGUACGCGGGUGCGCAAACUGAAAAUUUGCCGUAUGUAUAUUAUACACCUAGCUAUGGAUAUGUACAGUCUCCAUAUAAUCCAUACAAUCCUUACAUCCCUGGUGCUAUGGUAGGAGUAGAUGGCCCAUUUGUAGGGACACAACAGUAUUAUCCCAUCCCCUCUUAUGAAAGUCCAGGGUCAUCACCUGGUUAUUUCCCCAUGCUCGUCCAGUCUAGGCCAGAUAUAAUAUCGAGUGGUACAACCGACCAUUUCUUAGAUACUGGUGCAUUUAAUGCUGAUGGAACUGAUGGCCCAGGCCCAAAACAUAACCGGUCUUCAGCAUCUACAACCUUUUCUCUGACCUCUGCAAGGCCUGCCUCAAAUCAGACACUCACAGUUACUAGGGCAUUAGAAGGCCCGAAAGCCAAUUCCGGAUCAAGUAAACAGCCUGGCGCGCAUGGAAGUGUUACUUCUGGUAGUUUUUCUAAUCUGCCAUCAUCACAAGUUCUUCAGGGUAGAGUUGCUCAACCUAUAGAUAAAGUUUCACAUGGAAAGACACUAUCUCACCGUAACCAACUAAAAGUUGCCCUCCCUCCCAGUAAUGGCUUGUCUAACUUUGCAUCAAGUGCUCAUGGACGAGCUGUAGUGGAUAAGGUUCGACCAAAGUUCAACUAUGGCAGAGUUCCCAGCGAUGUUAAUGGAAGUCCAGAUGCAAUAGCUGAACAGAAUCGGGGCCCUAGAACCAAUAAAUCUAAGCAUCAUUUGGCUGUUAAAGCCUACACAACGAGAGCUGGAGAUUCUGAUGCACAUGGAAACAUCAUUAUCAGUGCUGAUCAGUACAACAAGGAUGAUUUCCCAGUUGACUAUUUGAACGCAAAGUUCUUUGUAAUCAAAUCAUACAGUGAGGAUGAUGUGCACAAGAGUAUCAAAUACAAUGUGUGGUCAUCUACGCCUAAUGGAAACAAGAAGCUGGACGGUGCUUAUGCAGAUGCCCAGAGAAUAGCUGCAGGGGAACCAAGAGGCUGUCCUGUUUUUCUGUUCUUUUCUGUAAAUGCAAGUGGCCAAUUCUGUGGUGUUGCAGAGAUGAUAGGUCCAGUUGACUUCCAUAAAGAUAUGGAUUUCUGGCAGCAAGAUAAAUGGAGUGGUAGCUUCCGUGUCAAGUGGCACAUUAUAAGAGAUGUACCAAACCACAACUUUCGUCAUAUCAUAUUAGAGAACAACGAGAAUAAGCCUGUGACUAAUAGUAGAGAUACACAAGAGAUAAGAUACAAGCCAGGUAUGGAGAUGCUGAAAAUUUUCAAAAAUUACACAUCGAAGACAUCUUUACUUGAUGAUUUCAUGUACUAUGAAAAUCGACAGAAGAUAAUGCAGGAAGAGAAAGCCAGGCUACUGAUCACAAGCUAUGGAACUCCAUUCCCUGGACCUGCAUUGGAUCCCCCCCGCAAGCUAAACUUUGUGGUUGACUUGCCUUCUAGUGGAGAAGAGAAAAUUACCAAGCAUAUAGGUCUGAGCAAGAUAGAAAAGACAAUAGCCUCUCCCAGUGAGCAUAUUCCAUCAGAUUCUGAUGUUAAAUCAAGUACUAAUAAGGAAACUGCGAAGCACAUUGCUAAUGAUAAGGAAACUGCGAAGCACAUUGCUAAUGAAGCAGAAGAUGAUAACGUAUCUUCUUUAAAGAUUGGUUUACUGACCAUCAAACCAAAGCAGGAUGAAUCUAAACGUUCGGCGCCUGCUUCUUUUGCUGCUACAGUUAUGGAUACUAAACCAGUUGAUGUUGUCACAGUAGGGUCAAUGCCUAUCAAAGUUAACGGAUCUGCUGAAUCUUCUGGUUUCAUAACAGUUGGGAGUAUCCCACUUGAUCCGAGAGCACUGCAGCUUGAUGAGGCAGGUGUUCUUACUAAAAGUGGGUCACAAGCUUGAUAGUGCCGAACCAUGUCAACUAUCUUAAAGUUAUUAUGCUAUGGAGCAUCUACCAUCCGGUGUUAUCAGUAUGGGCAGGAUCCGUAGUCUUGAAAUUUAAAGCUGUUGGUGUAUCAUACUCAUCUUGGUUUUAACUGUAGUAGGUCAUAUGAAUACUCUCUGUCAUCUUUUUCUUUUUUCGUCGUCUCUGUUUUGUGUUGGUCUGUGGUAGUUGGUGAUGUUCGUACACACACGACUCUUGUAUGGGGUUCUUUUGGAGAUCAUGGUGGUGUUGGUUGAUGAUAUUAAUUGGGAAACACGGUGUAAACCAACCUUUUGUCUUUUUACCUCUUCCAUAAAUGAAUUGAGAGGAUACUGAGAAGUUGAAGUUUCUUGUUGAUGGCUAAAA